AUGUUAUUUGUUAUCGUAAUUGUUAAGGCACCCGCAAAAAUAAUGCUCCGAAGUUUACGUCAAAUAUCUCGGUUAGGGCGACGUUUGUCCGCCCCUGUUCCAGGCAGCAGUUUGGUUAAUGCAGCAUCAUCCACGCAAGAAGUUUGUGUUAGACUUCAGGCACCUUUACACACCAGCAUCUCCUCAUGGAAAUAUGAUAAAAAAUCGUCUAGAGCGGCGGACGAUCUGGACACCGACGAUGAGGAAGAUGAGGAUUUUAAAGACGAACGCGAUUCCAAGGUGGUUAAGACCAAGGUGAACUCACUGCGAGCAGACUUGUUGUUGAAAGCCGGUCUGGGCAUGGCCAGAAACAAAGUGGAACUCAAUUUUUAUGAAAGCAAGAUACGCGUCAAUGGAAAAAAGCUUCAAAAGAAAAGUGCUCAGCUUGAUGUCGGUGAUGAAAUCGAUGUGAUUAGAGGGUUCAGCCAGUCAAAUCCUUCCCAUUUGGUAGUAGCUCGUGUGGCUAUCCUUUCUGCCAGCGAACGGGAGGAGGGGCUCAACGUCCACUUGCGGCGCUACAAAUCGCUCCUGGUGGAAAACUAUCGAGGAGCCAACGCCUUUAAGUCCUCUGAACAUGUUCCUCACUGAUAUUUAAGGAAUACUCUUUUUACCAAAAGAGAAGAUGAGUAAAAGCAAAAAUUAAAUUAACAAGUACUGAAAGUAACAAAAAAUUUAGGUUUUAUAAAAAAAAUUAGUAAAAAGAUAUACACCUGACCACUGAUUUCACUUCAUAAAUAAAACAACCACUUUCUUUUCUAAUUUUA